CACACUGGGCCUGGCCGUGAUGUGACCAGCCCUAACCAAGUCCUGGGGUUGCAUUGGUAACAUUUGCGGAGAAAACAUCCGUCCGCUGCGCCACACGUACGAUGCGGGGGAUCGUCGUUGUUUCUUCGGUGGAGCCCACGAAGUACCUUGCAAGUCGUUCCGGUUUUGACUUUUGGUGCUGUUGAGCUCAUUCAUCUCGGUGAGGCUGUGUCGAGCUGUUGGGGAGCUGCAAGUCAGCUUCUUGUUGCUCGGGGGUAUAGCCUGAGUCGUCCAAAAUCAUCUAUGCGUGUAAUAUGUAAGCGAGGUGCCUAUUGCUCAUCACUUCCAACUGGAAAAAACACGUCACAUUUAUGCGAACUGUUCGUAAGAGGCAUUGACACUAGCAACGAGAAGUUGGACGCGACGGGUCAAGCCCAUCCCGACCCGUCGUCGCGUGCUGGCCAUGUGACGGGUCAAAGGUCAACUUCCAAGUUCUUUGGCAUUAUCUCACGUUCCUCAAUUGCCUUGAGCCGAAUCCUAGCAAUACACGGUGAAAGCGGCGGUCAAGGUCAGGAUCUCAACGCCAGCCAAGUUUCGCGAACUGGAUUCCUAUCGUCCACGUCAGCCCAACGGCGAGGAUUCGAGAUGCUUUUCUUUUCUGACGACUGGUCUCGUCUUCGGCAUGAUUCUCGUGUUGAUAAAAGGCGCAAAUCCUGCAAAGGAGAAAAAGCACACAUCGAGCUUCUCCGUAUGCUAGUCUCGCAUGUAUGGCUACCGGACAGCCAAAAUGACAUUCUGAAAGAACUUACGAUGCCAGUAAAUUGCGGCCGCUCUAAGCCAAUCGUCGAGACUUGGCGAAUUGCAUUGGGGAGAGCAAGGCUAGCACACACGUCUGCCAUGCACAAGCGUCAUUUCUGGCUGUGGAUAUGCGAACCAGCCGGAUGGGCUACCGAGUCCAGCGCUAGGGCUAACACUGUAAAUCUGGGGGGCCGUGACGUGCUGUCAUUCGUAUCGCAAUCGAUCGGCCGAUGCCGGUACUUAUCGAGUGGGUUACCACGAAUGAAACAUGGCUGGAGUGAUGUCAGAUACUAAAAAAUAAACUGCGUGGCAACAUAGUUGCUUUCGAAACCUGUAUUCAGGGUUGACUCGCCUUACUGAAAGGUGGUCAGCCCAGGAUUAAUCUAUGUGCAUGAAGAAUUUUAAAGACUACGACUAAUGGUUGGGCACGUAAGCCCGCUUGCCUCCGUGCGAUAAGUGACCCAGUGCUCAGUAUUAGGUAGGAAGGCCUGCUUUGGAAGCCAACCACAUGUGCGAGAAAU